AGGACCGCAUCCUUGGACGGCGCCUGUACUAUGGACCUGGCCAGUCCUGGCGCUGUCGCUUCGAAAUUGGCUUUCUUGUCCAGAUGAUCAAGUUCCCGAUCUUUGAGCCCCUGCUUGUUUGGAUUCUCUCCACGAAGUUUUUGACUUUCGGGCUCUACACACGGGCUGCUGUGGCAGGGCUGCUGUUUGCAGUUUUGACCUUGCCCUUUACCAACUUUCGCUUGGGAGUGUCGAACCAGGCAAUGGCUUCCUCGCCUUUCAAGGCCAUUCUGCCAACCAUGGCCCGCGAUAUUGCCUACUCUCUGGGCCGUGCGGCCCUGCCAGCAAUGAUCAUCGCACACUACAGCAGUAGGGCCCAUCGCCUAACAGCGUCGUCGCCAGAGGUACUUUUUGGUGCAGUGGCCGGCGCGUGCUUGCUAGCGGCACCUUUCAAUGAACUGAGGGACCGCCAGCUGUCAAAGUCCCACGCAGCUCAUUUUAUGCCUUUGAGAUCAAUGUUCUUUGCCGUGAUCAGAAGCCUCUUGCAGGCAGAGUCACUUGUACUUGGCUACCGCUAUGCUCCAGAUGCCGUUCGAGCAGUUGUUGAUGGAGCCUCCCAUUGGAAGUUGUCCAAGGGCAUCAUGGCCCAAUGGAAGGUGGCUCCUGAUGUGGAGUUUUGGGCUCUAGCUGGCGCUGUCUCGGUGGUGGUGCUACUGAGCUGCGUAAUAAAGCAGAAACUCAGAAAGAUGUGGCGGUCACAGCCUGACUUGCUGAAAGAGAUGUUGCUGGAAAAUUAGGAUUUUUCUCAGCGGGAUAUCAUUCCAGAGAUUCUGAUUUUGAGAUGUUGAUGUCAG